UGAAAUCAGAUUUUGGAACCAUAAAGAACCACUCCAAUUCUGGGUCGUCCGCUUACACACGGUGAACGGAGCAAAUUUCUUCUCUGAGCCUUGGUUCCUUUCCUGUAAAUGGAGUAUAACCGCUCCCAUCUUACAGGUGCUUUUCGGUGAUAAUUAAAUAAGGUGACUUCGUGAAAAGUACCAGGCUCUCAAAAAGCUCAGUAUUUGUAGAAAGUAUGCAGUUUCUAGGUUGGAGAAGCCAGAGUUUGUUUUCAAAAGCCUCGACCACACACAAGGGCGGUUACAGCUCUUGAGGUCCUGGGGGGCGGGGGGUCACAGGACGCCUUCCGAGUGGGGGCGGGGAGAGAAGAAAACAAAACCACAAGAAAAAACGAAUAACGCUUUCGGGUGGGCCCGGGACCAUAGAGGGUCGCUCCGCCUCAUUCCUAGAGCGACCGCGGCGGCGCCAGAGCGCGGCGAGGCCCUCACUUCCGGCGGCGCGGGAGGCGCCCAGCGAGCCAGGGUGGUGGCUGGUCCCGCGCGAAAAUUCUGAGGUGUGCACCGCUAGGAAAUGAAACACUAGUUCAGAAGAAGCCUGUAAACUCUCUUACAAAUACAUUUGGUUAUUCACCAUGAGGUUAGCAAAGCCUAAAGCGGGUAUUUCUCGGAGCUCAAGCCAAGGAAAGGCCUAUGAGAACAAGCGCAAAACAGGCCGGCCGCGGCAGAAGUGGGGCAUGACUAUUCGAUUUGACUCAAGCUUGAGUAGACUCAGAAGAAGCUUGGAUGACAAACCCUAUAAAUGUACUGAAUGUGAAAAGAGUUUCAGUCAGAGUUCAACUCUUUUUCAACACCAGAAGAUCCAUACUGGAAAGAAAUCCCAUAAAUGUGCUGAUUGUGGGAAAAGUUUCUUUCAGAGUUCUAAUCUCAUUCAGCAUCGACGGAUCCAUACUGGGGAAAAGCCCUACAAAUGUGAUGAGUGUGGAGAAAGCUUUAAACAGAGCUCAAAUCUCAUUCAGCACCAGAGAAUUCAUACUGGAGAAAAACCCUAUCAGUGUGAUGAGUGUGGCCGGUGUUUCAGCCAGAGCUCCCACCUUAUUCAACAUCAGAGAACCCACACCGGGGAGAAACCCUACCAGUGCAGUGAAUGUGGCAAAUGUUUCAGUCAGAGCUCUCAUCUGAGGCAGCACAUGAAGGUGCAUAAAGAAGAGAAGCCUCGUAAAACCCGAGGCAAAAAUAUCAGGGUGAAGACUCACUUACCCUCUUGGAAAGCUGGUACAGGAAGGAAGUCUGUGGCUGGUCUCCGUUAAGUAUAGGGCUUUUUGACAGCUUUUUGAGCCCUCUUGAGAAAAAAUAAAAAAUAAAAAAUGAAAGGAAUCUUUUUUAGAAAUAGAGAUGCUUUAUAGUAGAUCACUUAAAUACUGGAUCUUUUGCUAGUGUGAAAACAUUGGGAAUUUAAUGACAUUGAGCUGAAAGAAAUUACUUGAGUCCAGCUACCCUCAUUUCUUUUUUAUGUGACAUGGAGCACAAAGAACUGAAAAUACGUUUUGAGGGAGCAUGACAUUGUUGACCUCAUUUGAAAUUACUUCCAUUUUCAAAAACCAUCAUGAUUUACAGAUACAUUUUGAGAAAAAACAUCAUGUUUUGAGGAUACAUUUGUGAAAGUGCAGGUGUGCCAAUGAUUACUCAGUUUUAGGACUUUCUGUGGAAGAAAAAAGGGAGAAGAAAUUAAUUCCACUACUUUUGAAGUUCUGCAACAGAUGAGUUUUUUUUUGUAAAGUUUUAUAGUAUAUUAACCAUUGGUUUAUGACUCUAGAUUCAACAUAUUAAAAUGUAUUCAAGCUCACAGAUUUUUAAUCAGUAAGGCCCUAAUCAGUAAGAACUAAUAUUAUUAGUUCUUUUAUUUCUUCUCCUUGUGGACAGCUGUUAAUUAAAGGAGUAAGGAUUUCCCUGUUUGUUUUUGUUUGUGUGUUUUUUAACCAAAUUCUUAGAGAUGCUAUAGAAUCUAAAUGAGAACUGAAUUGAACCUUAAGUCUCAUAUUCCUACUAAUAGAGUUCUUUGUGAUGGUAACUGCUGUGUCAUUUGUUUUCCACAAGUUGGGAUGGAUUCAUAUCGAUCCAACCCCAUGUCCUUGACCUCUUCUGGCAUUCUCUUGUGCUCUGACAAACUGAGCCAGCCUUUUAGAUCUACAUGAAUAAACGAACUAUCUUACCAAGAAAAAUCUCAGCUUGCUUUCUGCUAAUUAAAAACCUACAAUUUACACACCUCCCUGCCUUCAAGACUGUGAGCUUUAGAUAGCCCUGCUUACAUGUUUGUCAACAACAAGAGUCAUGUAAUGUGUCAGUGCAUUGUAGCUCCUUUGAAAUUUAACUCUUCCUAUGUUAAUGAAUUGUUUUAAGGAGUCCGGCAAACAUGUUUAUUCACUUCCAUGAGAAUGGUGCCAAGUGUCAGACUCUGAUGAGCCCUCAGCUCAGGUUUUAAUUUCUAUUGAAUGCUAACAUUCUUCUGAUUUUUUGGUAUCUUUUAUAUCGGUUUCUGCUGUAUUAAUGACAAUUAUUCAUGAAAAUAAAAAAUAAAAUAUUUUGUAUACUA